AAAUGAAGUACUUACCUAUUAAAUACAUAACCGGGCAGCAGCGCAUUGGUUAAAAAACAAAACCUCAAAAAUUUGAAAUUUGUAGUUUGUGUGUGGCAAGUCAAAAGUUUGGUAGGGGGUACGUAACAUUUAACUGAAUUUUACAAUAAGCCAGCGAUAAAUAAAAUAAAGAGAAAAGCAAGGAAUUCAAUUUCUAAAUUACUGUGUGCUAACUGUAAAUAGCCAACAGUUGUAAACAGAGGCGGAACCGCAAUACUCUACCAUGUCCAUGUUCACCAAAAUUAUUACCAGAAGCCAUAUAAAUGCCUUGUUUUCGCAAAUUAGUAAGAACCAUCAUACCAACUACACCAAGUUAUCGACAUUUGUUUCAAACCCAAAACUAGUCCCAGUUUUCCAUAAAGCAACACAGUUUUUGGACAAUGUAGCAUUAUGUGACACUGUUGGAAACUAUACUUACGGCAACAUAUUAACUGCAGCGAAUGAAUUAUCAAAACGAAUAUCGCAGAAACUGGGCAACAAACGAAAUUGUCAAGUGGUUUUCCUUUGUCCAAACGAUGCCUCGUACCUCAUCACGAAAUGGGCCAUUUGGAUGUCCGGACAUGUCGCCGUGCCCGUCAGCAGCUUACAUCCCCAAAGUAUGAUCGAGUAUUUCGCUAGUGAUAGUGAAAGUAAAUUAUUAAUUACGAUACCGCAAUAUUCUGAACUAAUGCAUACAGUAGCCACUAAUACCAAAACCACAUUGAUGGUUUUGGAUAAUAAUUUUAGGGAAAGUAUGGUUGUAAAACAAAAUUUGAAACAGGACCUGGGAGAAUUGCAAUCAAGAGAUGUUUUAAAUGAUAAUGCUUUAAUUAUUUAUACAAGUGGGACAACUGGAUAUCCUAAAGGUGUGGUUUUAACCCAUAAUAACAUUACCAAUCAAAUAGAAACAUUAGUGGAUGCUUGGAGAUGGACAAGCAACGACGCAAUUCUACACGUACUACCUCUUCACCACAUACACGGACUUGUGAAUGCGCUUUUGUGCCCUCUAUAUGUCGGCGCAAAAUGUGUGAUGCUGCCAAAGUUUGAUGCCAAUGACGUUUGGGUGCACUUGCUAGGCAUUAAAACGAAACCUGAAUCUCCGAAAAUAUCUGUUUUUAUGGCAGUGCCAACAGUUUACAUGAAAUUAGUUGAAGAGUAUAAAGCGAGUUUUGAACAUGAUCCCAAAAUACACGAAUAUAUUAAAACAAAUUUAAGAUCAAAAAUUCGUUUGAUGGUCAGUGGUUCGGCGCCAUUGCCAGUUCCUUUAUAUGAAAAGUGGUUGGAGAUAACUGGGCAUAGAUUGUUAGAACGAUAUGGUAUGUCCGAGAUUGGUAUGUGCCUUUCUCAACUGUAUGACUCUCAACGAGAACCAGGUUAUGUGGGUGUCCCAUUAAAAGGUUGCAGUGUCAGAUUAACUGAGCGAGAUGAUGAUGACAACUAUAAAACCCUGCUUGAAUGUACUGGUGUGAAUGAUAAUGUUAAGGUGCGUUUAAAUACCAUCCCAGUUGGUGAUGCUGUGGUUGGAGAACUUCAUGUUUGUGGUAACUCUGUGUUCAAAGAAUACUACAACAAACCUGAUGUCACACGUAAAGAGUUUACGGAUGAUCAUUGGUUUAAAACUGGCGAUACAUGUCAAUACUCUAUAGAAAAAAAAAUAUUCAAGAUACUGGGCAGAACCAAUUUAGACGUCAUCAAAACUGGCGGGUAUAAACUUAGCGCCCUGGAAAUCGAAACAAAGAUUCUAAGUCAUCCAAAUGUUGUUGACUGUGCAGUUGUUGGCGUACCAGAUAAAACCUGGGGCCAAAUAGUAGCAGCUCUAGUGGUAUUUGAUCGUGAUCUACCUAUUGAUACCUUACAAACAUUUCUAAAACAUAAAAUGGCUUCCUAUGGUAUACCAAAGAUUUUCAAAGUUGUGAAGGUGAUUCCUAAGAACAUUAUGGGAAAAGUUAAUAAGACUGAAUUAUUGUCAGCCUUUCUGGCUAAGGAGGAGAAGGUGUGUGCCAAGAACUAGUUUAUAAUGUACUUAUUCUAAAUAUAUUUUAAUAUUCUAAUUGUUUUAUUUUUAA